GCAUUGGAUCAAGACAGAACUGCACUACAGAAGGUGAAAAAAUCUGUGAAAGCAAUAUAUAAUUCGGGGCAAGAUCAUGUUCAAAAUGAAGAAAACUAUGCACAAGUACUAGAUAAAUUUGGAAGUAAUUUUUUAAGUCUGGAUAAUCCAGAUCUUGGCACAGCUUUUGUAAAAUUUUCCACGCUUACUAAAGAAUUAUCAACGCUGCUGAAGAACCUGCUCCAGGGUUUAAGCCACAAUGUUAUUAUCACUUUGGAUUCUCUCUUAAAAGGAGACUUAAAAGGUGUUAAAGGGGACCUCAAAAAGCCUUUUGACAAAGCCUGGAAUUAUUAUGAAACCAAAUUUACAAAAAUUGAAAAGGAAAAAAGAGAACAUGCGAAACAGCAUGGGAUGAUAAGAACUGAAAUAACAGGAGCUGAGAUAGCAGAGGAAAUGGAGAAGGAAAGGCGGCUAUUUCAGCUACAGAUGUGUGAAUAUCUUAUUAAGGUUAAUGAAAUCAAGACAAAAAAAGGUGUGGACCUUCUGCAGAACCUUAUUAAGUAUUAUCAUGCACAAUGCAAUUUCUUCCAAGAUGGCUUGAAAACAGCUGAUAAACUUAAACAAUAUAUUGAAAAGUUGGCUGCUGACUUAUAUAAUAUAAAGCAGACACAAGAUGAAGAAAAGAAACAACUUACUGCUCUUCGUGACUUGAUAAAAUCUUCUCUGCAGCUUGAUCAGAAGGAGGAUUCACAGAGCAGGCAAGGAGGAUAUAGUAUGCAUCAGCUUCAGGGGAAUAAGGAAUAUGGCAGUGAGAAGAAAGGUUUUCUUCUAAAGAAGAGUGAUGGGUUAAGGAAAGUAUGGCAGAGAAGAAAGUGCACUGUUAAAAAUGGAAUUCUUACCAUAUCACAUGCAACGUCCAACAGGCAACCAGCUAAACUGAAUUUACUGACCUGCCAGGUGAAGCCAAAUGCUGAAGAUAAGAAAUCUUUUGAUCUAAUAUCACAUAACAGAACAUACCACUUUCAAGCAGAAGAUGAACAGGAAUACGUAGCAUGGAUAUCAGUAUUGACUAACAGCAAAGAAGAAGCAUUAAAUAUGGCAUUCCGUGGAGAGCAGAGCACAGGGGAAAACAGUUUAGAGGAUCUGACAAAAGCCAUUAUUGAUGACAUACAGAGAUUACCCGGAAAUGAAGUCUGUUGUGAUUGUGGCUCACCAGAUCCAACAUGGCUAUCAACUAAUUUGGGCAUUUUAACCUGCAUUGAGUGUUCUGGAAUACACAGAGAAAUGGGUGUCCAUAUUUCUCGAAUCCAGUCUUUGGAAUUAGACAAAUUAGGAACGUCUGAACUCUUGCUGGCCAAGAAUGUAGGAAAUACUAGUUUUAAUGAUAUUAUGGAAGGGAAUUUACCUAGUCCUUCACCUAAACCCAGUCCAUCAAGUGAUAUGACUGCACGUAAAGAAUUUAUCACUGCUAAAUAUGUAGAUCAUAAGUUCUCUAGGAAGACUUGUGCAUCUGCAGCAGCUAAACUGAAUGAAUUACUUGAGGCUGUCAAAUCCAGGGAUUUACUUGCACUAAUUCAAGUCUAUGCAGAGGGGGUAGAGCUAAUGGAGCCACUGUUAGAGCCUGGACAGGAGCCAGGUGAAACAGCACUUCAUUUAGCAGUCCGGACUGCUGACCAAACCUCUCUCCAUCUGGUUGACUUCCUUGUACAAAACUGUGGAAACCUGGAUAAGCAAACAGCAUUGGGUAAUACGGUUCUACACUACUGCAGUAUGUAUAAUAAGCCUGAGUGUUUGAAAUUGCUUUUGAGGGGGAAGCCAACUAUUGAUGUAGUAAACCAAGCUGGAGAGACAGCUCUGGACACAGCAAAAAGAGUGAAAGCUGUCCAAUGUGAGGAACUGCUUUCUCAAGCCAAGGCAGGAAAGCUAAACCCACACGUCCAUGUAGAGUAUGAAUGGAAUCUUCGGCAGGAAGAAAUUGAUGAAAGUGAUGAUGACUUAGAUGAUAAGCCUAGUCCUAUAAAAAAAGAAAGAUCUCCAAGACCCCAAAGUUUUUGUCACUCUUCGAGCAUUUCUCCCCAAGACAAAAUGACUCAUCCUGCAUUUAGCACUCCUCGAGACAAGCAAAGACUCUCCUAUGGAGCUUUUACCAAUCAGAUCUUUGCUUCUACAAGCACAGAUUCACCCACCUCUCCAACUGCAGAUGCUCCUCCUCUUCCUCCUAGAAAUGCUGGCAAAGGCCCACCUUCAACCCUCCCUCUAAGCACUCAAACCUCUAGUGGCAGCUCCACUCUUUCCAAGAAGAGACCACCUCCCCCACCCCCAGGACACAAAAGAACCCUCUCUGACCCACCAAGCCCACUACCUCAUGGACCCCAGAAUAAGGGCCCAAUUCCUUGGGGUAAUGAUUUGGGCCCACCUUCAACUAAGGCUGCAAAUAAGUUUGAGGGGAUGUCUCAGCAGUCAAGCACUGGGACUGCAAAGACUGCACUUGGCCCUAGAGUUCUUCCCAAACUACCUCAAAAAGUGGCACUAAGAAAAAUAGAAACCAGUCAUCAUCUUUCAAUAGAUAAAUCCCAUCAGCACACGGAAAUCUUUCAGAAGCCCUCACUGUCCAUCGAUAUACCACAGAAACCACAACCUGGAGACUUGCCCCCAAAGCCUCUGCCUCUGGAAUUAACUCAGAAACCUCAAGUGGGAGAUUUACCCCCAAAGCCUGGAGAACUACCCCCAAAGCCUCAGCUAGGAGACUUGCCACCAAAACCACAACUUGGAGACUUACCUCCAAAGCCACAAAUGAAGGACCUUCCUCCAAAACCUCAGCUAGGAGAGCUGUUGGCUAAAACUCAAGGUGGAGAAGCAUCACCGAAGCCUCAGCCCUCAGAGGCAAAUCAAAAAUCUCACUCCUUAGAUCUUUCUCCAAACGUACAAUCUAGAGACACCGUCCAAAGGCAAGCAUCUGAAGAGUCUAAUGACAUAACACAUACCCUGCCAGAAACCCCUGUGCCACUUCCCAGGAAAAUAAAUAUGGGGAAAAACAAAGUUAGACGAGUGAAGACCAUUUAUGACUGUCAAGCAGAUAAUGAUGAUGAGCUCACGUUUGUUGAAGGAGAAGUAAUUAUUGUAACUGGUGAAGAGGACCAAGAGUGGUGGAUUGGCCACAUCGAAGGACAGCCAGAGAGGAAAGGGGUCUUUCCAGUGUCCUUUGUGCACAUUCUGUCAGACUAGUAAAAACAAACAGACAAAAAAAUCCUAAACUUGAGCAUUGCACAUUCUUCAUGCAAGACGGGCUUUUUAGCAAAAGCGAACGCUGCUGCCUCCCUGUAAUCCUGUGCACAAUUGUAUAUAUAGCUGCUGUUACAAAUUACAAAUUCAUUUAAGUUUCACCUCAUGAGGUUGAAUUAUAUGUAUUGUAAAUAUACUGUGUUAUUCUGCCUUUGCCAGUAUUAUGGUAGCCUUGGAACCUGGCACGCCUUAUUGGGUUCGUUGAAGCCAUCCUUGGCAUCUAGCACUUACAUCUCUGUCUAUGCUGUUCAAAAUACGUAUGAACUGCCAGCUUUCCAAACAUAGGUGGUCUCUGUCAACCGUGUAACUGUACAAAAAUGACUGUUCCUAAUAACUCGGUAUUCUCAAUAUACAAUUAGCAGAAAGUUAGAAUGAGUGAAUGGUUUUGGACAAUUUAAAAAUCAGUCUGCAGUUUAUAAGUGUAUGCAGUUUACAGCUAUAAAACCCACUUUGGUAUUUAUUUAAUAUAGUGCUCAGUUAAGUGUAAUUAUGAAGACAAAUAUUCACUGACUUUACAGAUAACAGUAAUGUUUUAUGGUGUGCAUACAGCAUUUCAUGUUUAUAUUACGUGGACCUAUGCCAAACUGUGAUUGCAGUUCCCCUGUGAUAUUACCUCACUAUGAAAAGUUACAAAUAUAUUUCAUCUGAAAACUUAUUUUAAUGAAAAUUAGUCAUAUUGUUCUUUAGUAGAUAUAUGUGAAAUUUGCUGGUUUCUUUCACUGAAUUCUUAGUAACCAAGGACUUCUAGAAAAUGUUAACUGUUGACAUUAUGCAUGCAUUUAGACGCUUACUUGAAACCUGCCUUUGUACAAAAGUAGUACUGUAGUCAUAUAGCGACAUUUGAAGAAAAGAACAUUUUAACUUAAUUGCUAUUCAGAUCAAUGUGAGCUUGCAACAGUAUUUGUUUAUAGCUAAAUUGGCUCUUUGAAAAUGAUUUUGUGGUUUUUUUUUUUCCUGUCUUCAACCUUGCUAAAAGUUAGUUACCUAAAAUAAAAUUUCUUAAGUGGUGAUAUAAAGAUAAAUUUAAAUUAUUUUUAAUUGCUCUAAAAAGUGGAAGUUAGGAUGACCUGUCAUGCAUUUGAUCAGGCUGUUAACUUGUGAUCUGAGUUCUAUCAUUAUCAGGCUGGUUUUAGUAGAGUUCACUAAACUGUAACUGUAAUAGUCUUAAUUCA